UAUAAGACAGAAUUCUCUGGUCGGUUUCCAGUCUAUUAGUAGCUGUGAAUCCUCGAUGUUCUCAUUAAAAGUUCGACUAAUAAACUUAGUGUUUCCAUAAUUAAUUUACUGGAAUACUUGAAAACAUUUAAUAGGAGGCGAGGCAAGGCGCCGAGGCAGAGGCAGAGGCAUCGAGGCAGAGAGGCAGCGAGCCGCGUGCGACUCAGUGCACGUUCUGUAAAACUCUGCGCCUCGUAACGAAGCUUGUUAGUGUACUUUUGUGAGGAGAUUGUCUGUAGAGACACCUUCUCGGCAAAUGGAAGUAAUGAGUUCCCUGUUGUUAUGUGCGCUUGUUGCGCUAUUGCCACAAACGCUAGUUUCAGGAAAACAAUCAGUGCGGAGCUCAACAACGGACAUACGGUUUAACAACACGAUUAUAAUACAGCAACAGAAAGCUAAACAUAAGUUGCUAUUGAACCUGAACGGGCAGCCAUUAGUGGUCAAGGUGAAUGAACUACAAAACGUAUUCAGUGACUACAGUUGCAGCCAUUGCACAGAAUGCAUGGAAAGAGCCAUAAGAGCUCACAAGCUAGCAGGAUAUCAAAAAGACAGACCGGAUUCUAUGGAACUACAUAAUGAUAUACUGAAAGGGAGAGUAAUAAGAGAGAGAAGAUCUGCUAACGAUUCAAGUCAAGACAAAGGAGAUAAGAAAAACAAGACUAAAAGAGCUAAAGCACAUAGAUCUAUCACUGUUACAAAAUACAAUAUCGCCGGAGAAGUUCACGCUUUAAAAGUGAAAGAAUCUAAUCCGACCAAUGACGAGACUAAAGUAGGAUCGUGCGAGGUAUAUAAAGUAUCAAAAUCCUACGCCUGCAAUUCUCCAGACGGGGAGGCGAUAUUAUCAGCUGCAAAAAGGAAAAACAAUAAGAAAAAUAAAAAAGAUAAGGACAAACAGCAAUUUUCAACGACAACAGGUGCACCACGGUCACCGCAGUCCGUUCCUGUCUUCAGAAAGCGACAAAUAGAAAAGUUCCAAAUACCAGAAAACGUGAUGCCAUCCAUUGAAGAGUUCUAUUGAUUAUGAAUAUGUAAGUGCCAUUAAGUAUAAUGUACUAAUGUACUGUUUAGCAUGAAAGGUUGCAGAACACCGUAGGUACACAAAACAUGUUGAAAAGCAUUGUUGUGUGUAUCAAUCAGUCUCAAAACAGUCUCAAUGUAUCAAAAGUUUUUAAUGACAUAUUUUUGUAGACAUAAGGUACCAGUGUUCAUAAUUAAUUAAUUAAUACCUAAGUAUUUACUCAAAGCAUCAACAUAAUUUUCCAAAUCCAAUAAAAUUGACAAAUGAAAGUUAAUAUUAAUAUAGUUUCAAAUAAAUUCAAAUAUAAAUAGUUUUAUUUUUUUACUUGCAUGUUCUAUGUUGUAAAACUAGGCUUAGUAGUUGAUGAAGAGUUGCCUGGAAGAGAUUGCUACUUAGCAAUAAGGCCACCUAUUGUACUAAUUCUAUUUCUCUUUUGUUUUGUAUUUUGUUUUUUCCUGUUUGUGCAAUAAAGUAUUUGUUAUGUUAUGUUAUGUUAAGAGUUAUAUUUUUCUUGAAAAUUAUUUUUAUUUUUCAAAACAGUGCACUUUUAUAAUUAUUUGUAAAGUGUGAUUUAUUUCAGUAAGUACUUAGUACAUUAUUAUUAAGGCAAUAUUUAAUUAUACGGAUUGUAGUGUGGAGUAUCCAGAUAAAGGAUCUCUAAUGAAGCCAGUAUGGGAAGUGUCGCGAAAAUAAAAUAAUUGUUAAAAAAACGUACUUAUACAAUUUGUUAAACGAAUUAAAUUUAGAUUUUGUACAUGUCAUCUUGUAUGUUGUGUUCUAAAUAUAAAAUUUAAUUCGAAUGUUUUCAUAA